ACUUUUAACGGCGCCGAGUGCAGUGGUCCCCUGCCUAUUGACGCAGUACUGUGGAUCGUAAAUACUGGGGAAAACAACCACAGACCCGGGUUUAUCGAGGGCUACUGUAAAAACAUACACAAGGGCAAAAUCCGAGUUGGAAUCAACAUUGGAAAUUGUGCAGGGUAUGGGAAAUCCAAUGGUCAAACAGGCUGGAAUUCAGUGUCUCGUUUGAUCAUUGAAGAAGUUCUUCCGUCCCAGUCGCAAGUUGGAGACCAUCACGUGUUUUUUUCAUGUCGCUUAAACUUUGUUGCGCAUUAGUUACUAAAGUAAUAUUAAGAGGAAAAGGGAUAAAAAUAAGGUGCCUUUUUUAAUGACAUUUCAUGUCAACCAGGUCAGUUUCAAACCCUUAAUUAUCAAGCAUGUGACUAUGAAGGUAUGAAGAUGCCUUUUCAUGUUAAAUAAACAUCAAAACGUCGAUAUUGUGUUGUGUGUUGUGUUUUUUUUAUCGCGAUGGAAUUUUUGAAAUCUUGCGCACAUCAUGGUUCUUGCUUGCGUUAACAAGCUGAGUCUGGGGAGGAAGGUAUUGAAACGCAACUUUUCCGUCAGUUCUAAGCGAAAGUUGUUAAUCGUUUGAUGACAAUGGCGACAAUAUCAUAAUUUUAAAGCUUUCAUUCAGAGCGAUUCAAAAGAAAUAAAUUUCUUAAAAAGCGGCUACUAUUUAUAUAUUCACUGCACUAUUUAAAACCUUACAAUCUGAUCCCAAAAGGCAUGCCUUCAAUCAAAAUACGGAAAAUCAAUUUUAGGUAACUGGACCAAUCUCAGUCCUAAUAGGCAUUCCCCAGAAACCGUUCCCUUCGUUUAUGCCUUAAAUGCCAUAAUCGUCUUUUUUCGAAAGAAAAAAAACACAAAGAAACAAACGGCUAGGGUCUCCAAAUAAUUGAUUUUUAUUGAUUUUUGUCACAUACACCGAUUUACGAUCGAUAACCAACCAAGCAGCUUAUGGAAAACCAAACGAAAAGUUAACAUUUUUCUUAAAUUCAGUCAUCGUUGAUCUAAAUAACUCGUACAUGUGAAACUGUUGAAACCAGCCACAACAAAAAAAUAUAACAUGAGGAAAGAGAUUUCUAGACAUAAAGUCGUUGAUAAUUAUGUAUUCCUGUGCACUUUUAUGAGAGCUAACACAGCCCAGAAAAUGGCUUAUUCGGUGAGCCCUAGGUGGAAACCGGAGUCCGGGUAGAUCAUUGAUCGAGAUGCAGGUUCUCUUCAAUUUCCUUGUCUAGGUAUAACUGCAACUAAAGCAAGGAAAGGUUUGUGUAUGUUUUGUUAUACACGGAUGACUAAAAUGCCUUAAUAAUGCGAACGGUGGUGAAUCACUUAAAGUGCACUAGAUAAUACCACGCCUCGAGAAAUAUUGCAGCCAGCUGCAGAUAGAAAAGUGAGCAAAAGUCUAAUAAGAGACGGUUUCUUUAAAUUAAAGUGAUAUAAAGUUUUUUUACUAGAAUUAAAUUUUAUCGAAACCUAUAAAGCUUUCCUGCAAGAAAAAUCCAAUCUUUAGUAGACUUAGAGUAAAUCAGAAUUAAUUGUUUGUUGAACUGAUACUGCAGGAAAACCUACCUCGGGCGGCCUCUCCUACUAGGAACACAAGACUAGAAGACGCCAAACUUUGUUCAAGGAGUGCAAGAAUGUCUGUCAAAGAAGUUAGCACUGCAUGGGCUCUGAAUGCUGCGUAGGUUAGGUAUACAGCUAUUUCGAGAAAGGUUGUCGGAAAAGUGCACGCCACAAUCCCGAAAGGUAUUGUGAGUGGUUUUGAGUUCACUGUUCUUCAAAGAAAUUUGAAAGAAUGGCACGAGAGGCCAUGGACAUGUGUUUAAGAGUGCUAAAGGAAAGCAACAUAGAAGAUUCGACAGCUACAGUGUCAGGAACAGCGUAUUGACCAAUCAUAUCCCAUCGAGAAAGGUUGUCGAAAAAAAAGUGCACGUGACAAUCCCGAGAGGUAGUUUGGGAUACGAUCAAUACACUGUUUCUGACACUGUACCUACUUUUGCUGCUUCGCUUUAGCACUCGCAAACAUACGUCCAUAGCCUCUCGUGCCAUUCUUUUAAAAUUUCUCUAAAGAACAGUGAUCUCAAAACCACCCACACUACCUUUCGGGAUUGUCGCAGGCACAUUUUUUCCGACAACCUUUCUCGAAAUAGCUGUAAAUGCCAAGCGCGCAACUGAGUGUUUUCUCCUCUGAUUUCUUUAAACUCUUCUGACACAGAACUCAAACAUGUGCUUUUAAGGAUCGCCUGGCCUCCCUGGACGUAACGGAGUCAAUGGACAUAACGGGUUAGCUGGCCGCGACGGCCAAGACGGUGCUAAAGGUGAAAACUGCGUGGUAGGUCCCCCUGGACCAGGCCGUGAGAAAGGAGAAAUGGGACCAAGUGGAACAGCCACUGAUCACAGAAACUGGAAACAG